UCUUUCGCUUGGUGGGGAGGGGGAGGGUGUGGAAAAGCUCGCGAGGGAAGGGAAGGGAUAUCUUCGUUUCGCUUGUCCGCUGUUCGCGAUUUCGUGCCGUGGUGGUGCGUUGCUGCUGUUAAAUAAUCGUAAUCAACGUCGAAACACCGUAAGGUCGGCCACACUUUCUCCAAGAUAACGGACUCACUCUAGACGGAAGUUGCCACGGAUUAACACAGCAAACAUGGAGGUCGAAUUUGUGGAUGCCAAAUCAUCGAAAUCGCUCGGAAAGUGUCGCGUACCCGUCGACACUACUCUGCAAGCACUGAAAACCGAGGUGCAAAAGCUGAAACCCGCCCUGACCGUGCACCGCCAGUCGCUCCGGCUGGAGGCACGCGGCAAAGCACCAAAGGAAAGCGAAACGCUGAAAACGCUCAAUGUCGCGUCCGGUGCCAAAAUCUACGUCCGCGAUCUUGGUCCACAAAUUAGCUGGAAAGGUGUGUUUCUGGCGGAAUACGCGGGACCGAUAUUUGUGUAUCUGAUCUUCUACCAGCGGCCUUCGCUCAUCUACGCCAAUGCCGACAAUCCGAUGAGCCUUACCGCCAAAAUUGCCGCCGCAUGCUGGGUUGGGCACUACGCAAAACGUCUGCUAGAAACGCUGUUCGUGCACAGGUUCUCUCAUGCGACCAUGCCGCUACGGAAUCUGUUCAAAAACUGCUCCUACUAUUGGGCGUUCGCCGGUUACGUGGCAUAUCACGUGAACCAUCCACUCUUCACGGAACCCUCACCAGCACUGGUAUACGCCGGGUUGGCUACAUUUGUGGUCAGUGAAUUGGGCAAUUUCUCUAUUCACAUUUUGCUGCGCAACCUGCGACCGGCUGGUUCGAACGUGAGAAAAAUCCCCGUACCGGAUGCAAACCCGCUUACGCAGCUGUUCAACUUUGUCUCCUGCCCGAACUACACGUACGAGUUCUUCUCUUGGGUCGGCUACACCCUGAUGACGUCCUGUAUUCCGGCCGGUCUGUUCGCUGCCGCCGGCAUGUACCAGAUGACCGUGUGGGCUCUCGGCAAACACCGCAACUACAAGAAGGAGUUCAAAGACUAUCCGAAAAAUCGCAAAGCUAUCCUUCCGUUUGUGCUGUAAAGCGGACGUAGACUUAGCAUGGACGUGUAACGUUUCGAAGGUAAGAGAUUACGUUUUGGUAUUUUUGUGUGUGUUUUUUUUUACGUUUAACAAGGGAUUGUGGGAUGCGUUUUGAGCUAUUACUAUUAAAAGCACUUAAGUUUGCCGUUUUCUUCUAGCUAAGAUUUUUUUUUGAUGUUGUUUCUCUUACGAUGGUUGAGGUUAUAUUUCCCUGUUGCAGUGGAAUAUGUGGUCGGAGAAUUAAAAGACAUUACCUUUUUUCCAAAGCUACGCUCGUGUUGCAACAAGCGCUUAUGAGGAUUUCAUUCGAGCUCAGCAUUUAUUUAUUAAGUGGCGCACAGAACCAUACUGUGUUUGAGCUACAGCAGCAUUCCCUAGUGACGCAUCUGCAAUUAUACUUCAACCAUACAUUCGAGAGCAAGCAUGAGAUGGAGUAGUUUUCAACCCGAACAAAAUGCGACAAUUGCAACACUUAAGUAAUGAAACUAGUUAGUAAGUGCAGCUGAGGGAAUUCAAAGGAACGAACAAAAUAAAUACAACAAACCAGGAGA